CGGGAAUGGACGUCUGACUGGCAACAAAUCGCAUUGCGUAGGCUUCAGCCAGGUUCUCGUCUGGCUUGGUCUUGAUGCAGAUAUUGAAGAUGUGGAAAAGGCCGGACUGCUUUCUCCAGAACCAUCGUGAGAACUUGUGAUGUCUUAUUUUGACGAUAAGAAGGAUGAGUGUUCGGAUUGCGCGUCCAGGCGUAGGAGGCGGAGGCUCCAUUCCGUCGAUCGCUCAGGCAGACGUAUGGAAGGCAGUGCACGCUGGGCUUUGCGGUUGUCGACCUGGUGAAUGGUGGAUUUCCUCCACAGAGGCCGUCAGCGAGGUCCCAAAGAGGACACCCGCCCUUGCGAUGCCCAGCCGUCGGGCUGCAUCUGCCAAUUUCCGUUCACGACGGCAACGUCCCAAGCAGGUCUGCCUCCAAACACUCAGGUGGCAUUACGGUUCAUGGCAGCCACGAAAAGCAGCCACAGAAGGACGCCACAGAACGAGCUGGGUGAACUUCACCGGCAUGAGCUUACCCUUCACCCGCCCCACUAUUUCCGUUUUGGGUGACCCAGGCAACCAGGCCGGGCCCGCCAUCAGACCUUCGGAACGAGGCUUUCUGAUCGCGCGAUGGACCAAGUUCUACGAUCUCUCGUCAGGGUCUAGGCAGAUGGGCAUCGUGGCUGAUGCUGCGACGGAACGCACAGCUCUUAUAGUAGCUCGAGCGUAG